AUGGACUUUUACGCUUCCGCAAAUUUAUUUGAUAUUUCAUGGGAAGAUUUGUUUUUCUUCGAUAAUAUUGAUUCCAAUUCUUCAUCCUCUAGCGGUGAUCAUAUGGAUUUACAAGAAUUCAACUCCAAUAUCAAAGAAGAAAAUUCACCACCACCAACGCAAACCCUAACUCAACACCAACCAUCACUUCCCUUAAAAACCCUAACUCAAAAACAACCAUCAUGUAAACGAGAGAAGAGGCUUUAUAGAGGAGUAAGGACACGACCAUGGGGAAAAUAUGCAGCAGAGAUAAGAGACACAACAAGAAACGGUGUUCGAGUAUGGAUCGGAACAUUCGAUACACCUGAAGCAGCUGCUUUGGCUUAUGAUCAAGCAGCUUUCUUAACAAGAGGUUAUAGGGCAACCCUUAACUUCUCAGAACAUGUUGUGAAGGAGUCUCUUCAAAACAUGAACUUUAAGACAUUGUUAAACCGGGGUUGUUCGCCUUUGUUGGAACUAAAAAAGAUGCAUGUCUUGAGAACAAGAUCUACUAAGACUUGUAGUAAAAAGGGUAAAAAGGAUUCAAAGAAUGGAGGGUUGAAUAUUAAUAUCGCUGAAAAUGUUUUGGUGUUGGAAGAUAUGGGGUCUGAGUAUCUCGAGCAACUUUUGAUGAGCACCAUUUGA